CCUUACAUUGGAGGUCAGUGGGAAGAAUGUCCCUUACAUUGGGGGUCAGUGGGAAGAGAAUGUCCCUUACAUUGGGGGUCAGUGGGAAGAAUGUCCCUUACAUUGGGGGUCAGUGGGAAGAAUGUCCCUUACAUUGGGGGUCAGUGGGAAGAAUGUCCCUUACAUUGGAGGUCAGUGGGAAGAAUGUCCCUUACAUUGGGGGUCAGUGGGAAGAAUGUCCCUUACAUUGGGGGUCAGUGGGAAGAAUGUCCCUUACGUUGGUGAUCAGUGGGAAGAAUGUCCCUUACAUUGGGGGUCAGUGGGAAAAAUAUCCCUUACAUUGGGGGUCAGUGGGAAGAAUGUCCCUUACAUUGGGGUCAGUGGGAAGAAUGUCCCUUACAUUGGUGGUCAGUGGGACGAAUGUCCCUUACAUUGGGGGUCAGUGGGAAGAAUGUCCCUUACAUUGGUGGUCAGUGGGA